AUGCCAGCCGCCAAGUUCAGACCGGGCGAAUCGCCCCUGCUCCAACAGCGCGUCAAGGCGUACAAGCACGUCUUGGCCCACACGCCUCCGCCCACCUCUGGCGGCAAGGAGCAAGCCGCAAAAGAGGGGAGCAGCCGCGAUACGCGCGAUCCGAAGGCGAGCUCGGAGGUCAAGUCAGCCUGGAAGGCGCACGGCGCGUCGGUCUGGGCAAAGAUGCAGUCACAGAUCUGGCAGCAUGCGAGCAAGACUGACCCGCUCGCGAUGCCCGAGGUCAAGGCGGUACUCGAAGCGCUGCGCAAGCUCGACGGCCUCGAGCUCUACUACAAGGUCCUGACUCACGACACGAUGGGAAAAGCCCACCGCAAGGACCUCAUCUCGGAGCGCAACGGCGUGGUCUACCUCCGCCUGAGCGACCACUAUGAGCGCAUGAAGGCGGACAACCAGACGAGAGACGGCAGAUCCGCCACCAAGAACGGCACCGGCUGGGGCGCCGACGACUGGACCGGCGACGAGUACCGCAAGGCGCACGCUCGCGUGAUCUGGGAGAUGGGCAACAAGGCGUACGCGGCAUCGCGCUUCUCGGAGGCCAAGAACGAGUUCACCUUUGCCAGCGAGUUCGACCCGACCGAGCCCGUCUACCGGCUGAACCGCGCUGCCUGUGGCGUCAAGCUGAAGCAGUUUGCCGACGCCGAGCGUGACUGCACGGACUCGCUCGCGCUCGACCCGACCAACUACAAGGCCUACUUCCGCCGGGGCAUCAGCCGAGCCGCACUGAACAAGCUGGAGGAGGCAAAGCGAGACUUUGACGAGGCCCUGCGCUUGGAAAAGGACCCGAAGCUGCAGGCCGAGCUUCGCAAGCUCAGCGAAGAGGCUCUGAAACCGUCCAAGCCCAAGCGCGGAUCUCAGCCGGUCCAGGAGGACCCGACGGUUCAGAAAGACGUCAUCGCCAGCAUCUCGAUCGCACCCGAGGCGGCAUCGACGGAAGGAUCGACGAAUGGCAAGGCCGUCACCAUCACCACCACCAGCGGAGUCACGGCCACCAUCCCAUGCGACAGCACCGUCAGCAGCAAGGGCAUCGACAAGGGCAAGGGCAAGGCCAAGGAUGUGGAAGAGCUACCGUCGGCCAAUGAGAUCCCGGACGCCAGUCUCGAGUCGUCACCUGCCACGUCGACGCGGCCGGCCGGCAAGAUUAUGUUUGGGAGCAUCGCUGCCGUCGACGACGCGGCCACGACGAACAACGCUGCCUCGACGAGCGCGGCAAUGUCGCCGUCCAGCACGUGGGGAAGUGCGAGUGCAGGCACGAGCGCUUCCAGCAGCCGCAGCUCUGCCUUUGGCUCGCCGGCCACAAGCUGCGUCGACGUUCCGGAGGCUGGCCCUUCGGAUGCGUCCACCAAGCCGGCGACCGGGCUCGGCCUGCUCGACUCAGCAAAGGUCGAGACCGUGUCGUCUUCAAUAGGCACGGCGCUGAAGGCGGACUCGGGCUCCGGUGCGUCUGCCAUGGUCACUGACGCCAAGCCCCAGGCAGGAUGCAGCGCGGCGCCUGCUCGGCCCUCUCGAGCGUCCAAAGCCGGCACGCAGCCGGCGUCGAGCCUCCCGGCUGGCCUAAAGACGUCGACGAAGCGAUCGGCGACUGCCCAGCUCCACCACACGGGAUCGGGACGCACGGACGGCCAGCCGAACGGAGGCGAGCUCGGUGCCGCCGUCGCCGCGCUGGAGCCCGAGGUGACGGUGCUCAAGUCGCGGCUGAAUGCGCAGCGGGAGCUGGUGGCGUGGUCGACGCGGGCGGUCGAGGUGGUGAGCCAGGUCGAGUUUGCGCGGUGCUUUGGCAUGGUCGUCGAGCGCGAGACGGGCGUGCCGCGCCAGACGUGGAUCGACGGUGAGCUGGCCAAGCUCGUCGCCUGGAUCCGGACCUAUGUCGAUGAAAAGCGCGAGGAGCUCCAGGUUGGCAACCAGCGCAACCGCGCGGUGGGAAGGUGA